CGAUAUCAGUACAAACUUUUCAAUUUUUGUUACGGAUUAAGUGAUAUUGAUUUUUCAUUAAGUGAUUUAAAAGUGGUGUGAAAUUUUUAAGAUUUGAGUGGUCAAAUAUAGGCAAUUGGUUAAAGAAAACUCAUUGUGUCAAGGAGUGCUGAGAGGUUUGUGAUCAGUGCUCUAAAGUGUUCAGAAUGCCACAAUCAAUGCAUGUAAAUGGCUAUGCCAACGGCCACAGCGGUUCCUUCGAUAUGGAGGAUGGAUCUGUUUUCUUGUUUACUUCGGAAUCUGUUGGCGAAGGACAUCCAGAUAAAAUGUGUGAUCAGAUCAGUGAUGCUGUAUUAGAUGCUCACUUGAAGCAAGAUCCAAAUGCUAAAGUUGCUUGUGAAACUGUUACUAAAACUGGAAUGGUUCUCCUCUGUGGAGAAAUAACUUCCAAUGCUGUAGUUGAUUAUCAAAAAGUGGUUCGUGACACGGUGAAACACAUUGGUUAUGAUGAUUCAUCUAAAGGGUUUGACUGGCGUACCCUUAAUCUUCUGGUUGCAUUGGAACAGCAGAGUCCAGACAUUGCGGGUGGUGUACACAUGAAUAGGCAAGAACAUGACAUAGGUGCUGGGGAUCAGGUACAUCAUAUUGCCGGUUUCGACUAUAGGACCUGCAAUGUACUACUUGCAUUGGAUGCUCAGUCACCUAAUAUAGCAGCUGGAGUACAUGAACAUCGAAGGGAUGAAGAAAUUGGUGCAGGAGACCAGGGUUUAAUGUUUGGAUAUGCAACUGAUGAGACGGAAGAAUGUAUGCCACUAACUGUAGUGCUCUCUCACAAAUUGAAUCAACGUAUUGCAGAAUUAAGGAGAUCUGGAGAAUUCUGGUGGGCUAGGCCUGAUAGUAAAACACAGGUUACUGCUGAAUAUUUAUUUGAUCAUGGUGCAUGCGUACCAAGACGUGUGCAUACAGUUGUAGUAUCCUUGCAACAUAGUGAUAAAAUUAGUUUGGAUGAAUUACGCUCAGAAGUUAUGGAAAAAGUGAUCAAACAGGUCAUUCCAACAAAGUACUUAGAUGAAAAUACCGUAUACCAUAUAAAUCCAUGUGGUUUAUUCAUAAUUGGUGGUCCACAGAGUGAUGCUGGAUUAACUGGUCGCAAGAUUAUUGUUGAUACAUAUGGAGGUUGGGGAGCUCAUGGCGGUGGAGCAUUUUCUGGUAAAGAUUUUACAAAAGUUGAUCGUUCUGCUGCUUAUGCUGCAAGAUGGGUUGCCAAGUCUUUGGUUAAAGCUGGUUUAUGUAAAAGAUGCUUAGUACAGGUUGCUUAUGCCAUUGGUCUGGCUGAACCAUUAUCCAUUACUGUUUUCGAUUAUGGUACUUCUAGCAAAUCUCAAAGUGAACUACUUGCAAUUGUCAAGAAAAAUUUUGAUUUAAGGCCAGGCAAAAUUGUGAAGGAACUAAAUUUGAGAAGCCCAAUAUACCAAAGCACUAGCACAUAUGGUCACUUUGGUCGUGAUGGCUUUGCAUGGGAAAAUCCGAAACCACUCGUAGAAUAAGAAGAGCUCAAAUUGAUAAUAUAUCUUCAAGACACAAAAUCUCUUUAGGUUUUAAGAUGUAAUUUUAACCAUAAGAUUUUUAUUGUACAAGUAGUUGAUAGUAAGUGAAA